GUGCGUGCGUGUAUAUAGAGGAAAUAUAACACACAUUUAUUUUGUUCGGAUAACCACGUUACGACAAUGAGGAUCUACGCGCUGCUAGUUUUUCUCACUGCAUUUGGAAUGUAUAGAACAGCACCCGGCCUUAACGAGGAAUUGCUUAAGGAAUUGCAAGCUGUGAGCGGGAGCCGUGAAGACAUGCGACAGUUGCGCGAACGGCUCGCAGAAGCUCAGCAAAAUGUACAAGAUUUGGCUGCACGCGCGGAUCCGCAGGAGAUGAGUGACGGAGCCGGCGGCCAAUCCGAAGAAGCCUCUCUCAUGCAAGAACUCGUAGAGAAACUCCGCGAGAAUGGACUGACGAACGAGGAGAUGAAGUCAGUAGCCGGUUAUCUACGCAGCGCAGCGGCGGCAGCACCUCCGAGAAACAGCUAUGUGGGAGAGCGGAUCGAUGACGAGGGCUUGGAACCUAGCAACGCUGACGAUAACAUUGAGGCGAUCCUAAAAGCUCAACAAGGACAGUUUGGCAAAUUCGACAACUCAAACGCUCAAGGCGAACAAUCUCCACAGGCACUGCAGCAAAGAAGUAUCAACAGCAGAGGCAUUGAGGACCGGGGGUUAGCACAGAGCGGUCUCGACUCGGCCGAUGAAGCGCAAACCAGGAGAUGGUUGCGCGAAUAUCUAGAAGAAAGACACCGUGAUGCUGCUUCAAAUGCCGCCGAAGAUGCAAAUGCUAAAGAUGAUUCUGCCUUGCUUAAGGAGAUUCUUCUUGCUCGUAUUCGAAUUUCUGCUUUAACACAUAAGCUGAAAGUAAUGGACGACCUUGAAGGAAAGCUAGUUGAGUUACUCGCCGAGGCGGAGGACCAGGGAAUUACAAUACCAGAUCUACUCGCAGACCUGGAAUACAAGAAACAGCAGAUCGAGGAAGCGAUGAGAGGUGACCUAGAAGGCAUUGCCAUGUAAUAGCGUAGCGAUCGCUGGAGCGGGGAGCCCUUCGCAGACUUCUUUCCACGAGGGAAUACUGUUCGAUAUCGCGUGAGCACGAGGGGCAGCGGAAUGAGCGCGAGGCACUAAAAACAUCUAUACAUGCACGCAGGUCUAGCGUGUACGGGACGCCUGGGGGAAGCAUUAUGGCGAAUUAGCAAUAAUAUCUUAUGUUUAGGUAAAUAAUUAAACAGAUGCUAGUAGUAAGAGAAUUUCGCGUUCCGUGACUCGAUUCACAAUGUGCGGUUACUAUAGACCGGCGUUACCGGCGGCGGCCGCAAUAUAUCUUGCGGCUAUUUUGCAUAUUCGUCCGUUUAUAUGCGAUGUUUAUGAGAUAUAAAAAAUGUGAAGUAAAAUUCUCAAUUAAAGCAAAACGGUGUUUUACACACUAAUGUAACGUAUACCUAUAACUUAUUUAUUUCGAGAUAAAAUUGUAACUAAUGUGUAAAUGUUUCAUGCAAUCGAUUUGUACAUUGGCGUCUGUCUAUAUCUGUGAUGGGUUAUACGUCGUAAAACAAUACAUAUAUAUAUAAUUAUAAUUAUAUAUAUAUAUAUAUAUAUAUAUAUAAUUGUGUAACAGGUAUCGCGUCUAAAAAAUACCAAAGGCAAAUGUUCCUUAUAUUAUUUUAUUCUCUGACCUCGUACAGAAACAUGCUCAUACUUAUACGCAACGCUGCAUCGCUGCGUCCUGAGCUAUUUUGUCGUAAGUAAUUAACGAUGCAUGGUUCGUAACGAUGUUGAUUGUGAAGUUUGUGAGCUCUACGGCUCGCGUCUGUCUCACCUUAUAACGACAUCAUCGAUCACGUGCACGCGCAUGCGUGAAGUCACAGACAGGCUGAAUAAUGACCAGACUACGGCACAGUCAGGCAGCCUAGCUGUUCAUAGUGUUCCUACGCAAGAUAUGCGGCUUUUUCGAAACAUGAGCGCACCGAGAAUAAAUUGCGAUUGUGAAAACCUUAUUGGCGGAAAACGUUGACGAUGCUACUUGUGACUUUCGUGAAUCGACGAGUUUUUCGUUGUUUAUCGUCGAGGCAGGUCCUAUUAGUUAGUAUUGAUUCACCGUUGUCGCUGCUAUUUCAGAUCGGUAAUAACAGAUUGUUCUCAACCGCAA